UGAUGGAGACCAUUCAUGGUCUAAAUACAUAACGGUCGCAUCUUUUCGUACAAUUUCUUUUUGACCACCAUGACCAUGUCGGCGAACAGGCAUACUCCCUUGAAUAUUUGCUCACAAGCUAACGACGAGCAUUGCCAACUAAGCGUGCGCUUCGACGACCAAUGCGUCCUCAUCCCAAAGCAUUCUCACCGUCACCGUCUACCAAGAAUGGUGACAAAGUCUUAUUCUCUGCCGUUAUGGAAGAGGCGUCCGUCGAACUCAGGCGGGCCUUCGUCUUCUCCAGAAACAGACGCCUUCGUACCAGAAGACAGCCAUGUUGUUCUGCGAGUUCCGAUUCCUAGUUUCUCCAGUAAAGCGCAAUCUCCUACUCGUACUCGUAAUCUAGGACCUAAACCUCUCUCUCCUUGUCUGGUUCACCGUUCCCCAUCUGCUAUCUCACAGGCAGCCCCCGGGUCUCCCCAAAGUCCACAACGCCCAAGACGCACAGCGUCAUUGUCGCCUUCUCGCUCAGAUCUCAUAACCAUUCCGCUGCGGCCAUGCUGUCCGGGGUGUGAAGCCGUGACGGAGGCGUCUUUGUCGCAGGGAGAUACUUGGACUGAGCACUUCUCUCGGUCCGCACGCAGACGGCGCUCGCUCAGCGCAGACGAAGGACCACGGACCAUUACAGUCGAAGGGAGCGUCGCUGCUGCAUCCUUUGGGCUGCCUCGCUGUGCUCCGAUUAGCGUAGAUGAGGUUGAUAAGCGUCGGCGGUCGAGCGACUCGGCGGUGACGGCGUCAACGUGGUUGAAUAUGGGGGGAGGGGAUGUCAUGGUCAAUACGCAGCGCCCGUCAUCGUCACCGCGCCCGCCGAACUUGGCUGUGCCGUCUACUCCUCGGAUACCGGAGGAAGAUGAUGCCGAGGACGAAGAAGACCAGCUCUUUCCUCUCCCGUCGCCUCGUCGGUCGCCUGCGACAUCUCCCACACCCAGCCCAUCUGCUUCUGUAUCAUGCAUCGGGAUUUGUAGGCCGAGUGGGAGCCCAGUGCCGUCGAAUUCUUCGUCGGUCAGCUUAGGCACAAAGAUGAAUAAAGAUCCGUUCCUUGCACCACCUGUUUCAAGGUCGUCUUCGUCUCUUUCUCUUGCAAAGACUUUCGAGUUCGAUGAAAAUUCACCGCGUGCGCCAUCGCCUCAAGUUCUUGCUACAGCUGCCUCGAUCUCCACACGCCCUUUCAGUCGCUCCCCGUCGCCGCAGACCUCAUGCGCUCCCUCCAUUUCAAUGUCCUCUUCUACUUGGACAGAGGAGCUUGGUGCUGGUGCAAAUAAAGAGCAGACUCCACUCACUGUUCCAUCCCCUACCUCGUCCCUGUCAACUUCUUUCCAUCGAUCACGUAAUUCCACACAGUCGCUUGUUCAUGCCCUGCCAUCGACCUCACCGAACCUCUCAACUUCCCUGCAUAAAAAACGUCAUGGCUCAUUGACGUUGGCUCGCCCCCGGCAUAUUAUUGCUGAUGUCCUUCGCGGGGUGGGUGCAGUCGGAAGUGGGACUGGUGGUGUCGGGGUUCGCGUAUAGACUAACGUUCCUUUCCGUUUGCCAACCAAAUAGUCGUCGAGCUUUAUGGACGUUCCCUUGUCUUCGC